AUGGAUGGUGUCUCCGAGAAACUCCAGUUGGACACAUUUUCAGGGGUCCAUGCGACUUCGGAUGUGUUGCAAGAGGCAGCUCAACUUGUUGACCUGUUGGAAGAAGUCAUACGAAACGAUAUCCAAAGAGAACCUUUGCGUGAGAUUGCGCACAUCGAUCCGGGUCCUGGUGCAUUCGCUCUUCAAAAGGCCCGUGUUCUUGGUGGCCACUCUCAUCGAACUGCAGCUCGUGUUAUGGCUGAGCAGGAAAUUGACAGUGCAAGGGACACCCUUGACUUUGCCCCCGAAUCCCACCGGGCCAAGAAGAAAACGCCUUCCCACGAGAUCACCGCAAUUCGCGAGGAACUGGGUCUCGAUCCAAACGACCACGAGACUCGACCGAGGCUUCAUAAGAAGGCACGGGCUGACGAAUCCACAAUAGCCGGUCGUCAAAAUACCGGAGCCCAACACGGCACCAUUGAGCUCUCCCAGCAGCAAUAG